CGUCCAACAGAGGAGGAGAAAUGGAGAAGAAACCGAAGGUCCUGAUGAACCGAUACGAGCUGGGCCACAUACUCGGCCAAGGUACAUUCGCAAAGGUCUACCAUGCAAGAAGCUUGAUCUCCGGCCAGGCCGUCGCCAUUAAGAUCAUCAACAAGGAGAAGGUCUUCAAGGUAGGCAUGAUCGAACAAAUCAAACGGGAGAUCUCCAUCAUGCGACUCGUCCGCCACCCUAACGUCGUCCACCUCCACGAAGUCAUGGCCAGCAAAACCAAAAUCUACUUUGCAAUGGAGUAUGUCAGUGACGGCGAGCUCUUCAGCAAGAUCGUGAAAGGCAAGCUCAAGGAAGACGCAGCUCGCAAGUACUUCCAGCAGUUAAUCGGGGCCAUUGAUUUCUGCCACAGCCGCGGCGUCUACCACCGCGAUCUCAAGCCAGAGAACCUCCUCCUCGACAUGAAUGGAAGUCUCAAGGUCACCGAUUUCGGGCUGAGCGCUCUCGCGAAGACGGAGAGGAGAGACGGUCUCCUCCACACGAUCUGCGGAACACCUGCCUACGUGGCGCCGGAGGUCAUCAACGACAACGGCUACGAUGGCGCCAAGGCCGAUAUAUGGUCAUGCGGUGUCGUUCUGUUCGUUUUGAUGGCCGGAUAUCUUCCGUUCAACGAUCCGAGUCUCAUCGAGAUGUAUAAGAAAAUCAGUAGAGGAGAAUUCAAAUGUCCGUAUUGGUUUCCUUCUGAGGUCUGCAAGCUUCUAUCCAAGGUAUUGGAUCCGAAUCCGAGUACCCGAAUCACGAUUUCUAAUAUCAUGGAAAAUCCUUGGUUUAAGAAGGGAUAUAAACCCAUUGGGACGAUUACAAAGCAGGCGGAAGAGGCGACGGUCGAGAUAGGAGAUGUCGACGUGACAUUCUCUUCCGACGGCAUUGACGGGGAUGAUGAGAAAUCGGGGUCUGCGGACUUCAUGAGGCCCACUUCAAUGAAUGCCUUCGAUAUCAUAUCGCUGUCGCCGGGGUUCAAUCUCUCAGGACUGUUUGAGAAGAAGAACGAAUCGAAGAAGGUGGAGGAGCGAUUCACUACAACGAAGCCAGCAGCAGCGAUAGUGUCGAAGCUGGAGGAGAUAGCGGAGAUGGAGAGGUUUGAGGUUGAGAAAAAGGAUGGGAUGGUGAAGUUGAAGAGAAGCAAGGAAGGGAGGAAAGGGCAGCUGGCUAUAGACGCUGAGAUCUUUGAGAUGACGCCGUCGAUCCACAUGGUUGAGGUGAAGAAAACGGCUGGUGAUUCGUUGGAAUAUCAGGCUUUCUGUAAUAAGGGAUUGAAGCCUUCUCUCAAGGACAUUGUAUGGACUUGGCAAGGAGGAGAGGAGAAGGUGGAGCAAAAGCAAUCGUGA